AUGUGCUAAAAACUAAUUGCUUUAACUUUGCUAAUAUUAGCAUUAAAUUCUAUCAAUUGCUAUACUGUUGUUGAUAAUAUUAAUGUUAGUAAACAUAGUUACUUCUAUCUUACCUAAGAUGAACUCGAAUCCUAAUUAGAUACUGAUUCUAAUACCUAUAACUGUACAGCUAUCAGCUAAUACUUUGAAACUAUGGCUUACAACGCUUCUCUGAUUCAAAACUACACUCUUCAAUCUCACAAUUAUGUUCACAUUACUUUUGAUGUUGCUUUUCUCAAUAUUGAAAAAAUUUGGGGAGGAGUUACUAAAUACGGUUAAGUUGAUGUAAACGGAAACACAAAUACAUUUUCAACAAAAGUUGUAAAUGAUAAUUACUAAUGUAUGCAAAGAGCAGCCGGUAGUACUAAAGUAGAUGGAAAGACAUCAGUUUCUUUAGUUUUAUCACAUAGUGGAGAUCUUGAUUUAACUUUUAGCUCAAACAAUUUGGGUGUUGUUGCAAGGCUGGGUAUUUCGAAUAUUUAAGUUGAUAUCUAUUUGUGUGGUUAAAAUGCUGAGCUUAACUCAAGUUCUUUGAUUUGUACUUGUAAAUCUGGUUAUACUGAAAAAACUACUGCACAUGGAAGUCCUGGUCAUGUUUAUUAUGAAAAAUAAUGUUUAUGA